CAGGUGACAACCUCAACUAGCCUGGGAAGCAAGACUCUCUUUGGUUGAUCAAGUGCCUGGUGGGCUGCACCAAGAUCUAGAACUCAGUCGCCCUGCACCAUGGCUUCAAAACCGAUCAUCCGAGUGAUCGGCUCAUUGAACGUCGACUUUGUUACUUUGACACCACGAGUCCCCGGACCUGGCGAGACGAUAGCAGCAAAGUCUAUGACAGUACAUGCCGGGGGCAAAGGAGCCAAUCAAGCAUGUGCUUGUGGCAAAGCUGCAUUCGUGUCUCCCACAGAACAAGCUGUGAAGGUGGAAAUGAUUGGCGCCGUCGGUGCUGACGACCCAUACUAUGCAUCGCUUCUGAAACCAACUCUCGAAAAAAGCGGUGUCAGCACUCGCUACGUGGAAGAGCUCCAAGGAGUACAGACAGGUACAGCAACGAUACUUGUGGACGAAGGCUCCAAUGGUGAAAACAGGAUUCUCUUUGUUCCAGGUGCCAAUUACCAUGUCAAUGAUAUCAGCAAGGUUCUAGCCACGGCAACAGAAGACGGGGAGCCCGAUGUUGUGGUUAUGGAGGGAGAGAUUCCGAGAUCUAUCACGUUGGAAUUACUGUCGACCUUCAGCUCCGACAAGCGGAAGACCUGCGUCAUUUUCAACCCAGCACCGGUGUUCGAAGAGGGCAUUCCCUUAGACUCCUUGCAAAACCUCGCCGUACUGGUCGUCAACGAGAGUGAAUGUCUUUUACUAUUCCAGACCAUCGAAGAGCUCAAGAGGAUUGAGGUCCCGAGGGAGCAAGAUCUGACGGAAUCUCACCUCGAUCGUCUUACAGAACAUCUCCACACUCUAGCAGGAGUCAAGAUCAUCGUGGUAACACUCGGUGCUCGCGGAGUUUAUUUUUCUGCACAGACUUCCCGUGCGCGCGGUUUCGUCCCUGCAGCCAAGGUCAACAGAGUCGUCGACACGACCGCUGCAGGUGAUACCUUUGUGGGUUACUUUGCCACAGCUCUGGCUCCACAUAUAGCCAGCCACAAUGCUUUGGAUGGGUUCGACGUGAGGAGCGCCGUGAGCCGUGCGAAUGAAGCUGCGGCCAAGUGCGUCCAACGCAGUGGAGCGAUGGAAAGCAUUCCGUUUGGAUACGAAUGAGCACGCAGCAAAGGGUUGUGGCGUCGCCGGCGCAAUGGACUUGCAAGGUAUACGCUGCUAGACUGACGGCUGAUGACGUGACCAGCAACUGUGGGCGC